AUGACUGACGAAGCAAGCCCUGCAAGGGUCCUCGAUGGUUUGCACUUCCCGCACAUUCUCGACAUAGUGCUCGGGCACGCCCCGCCAGCGACCCUCAUGGCGAUAAGCCAGGUGUGCCAUGAGUGGAGAAACUUCAUCAAACGUCUCUUCUACCACACGACAGUGUAUGCGUGGGAGGAUGUUGAGAACCCUCAGCUCCACGUCAAGUUCGGGCGAUCGUUUGACGCAAGGGAAGUCAUCUGCGAGGCACCUCAGUUACUCCGGCACUGCCAAAUUCUCGACUCCGAACCGCCCGAGGGCAACCGCCGCGUCAAUGAGACUGGCAUUCUGUACGACGCCUUUCCAUCGCUCACAACCGUUCGCGUAUCCAAUUGCUGGGAGUGGAAGGGGGAUCCUGUCGGCGUGCGCAUCUUGCAUUACGCUUCGGCCGCUGCAGCACAUGGAGGCUGUCCUGCGUGUUACUGGCCCUCAUCUCACAGCGUCAAGAACAAGCCGCCAACCACCGUUGAGAGGUUUGUCCUCACCACUUGGGGAGAAGAGGACAAGUUCGAUCGCCGAAUUCCCGAUUCAUUCGGAAGCAUCACAGCCAUCUUCUUGAUGAGCUCCGACCCCGGCGCCUGCUCUGAGUACUUGGAAGAACUCUGGAAUUCGUUCGGAGAGCUGGCAGCGGACGCCUGGUUUGAGAUGAAGCCAUUCGUCGUCGUCAACGCCUGCAGCCUCGAUGCUCACCCCGUGUGGCUCAGGGGUCUUGAGGGCCACAAUGCGGAGGAAGGGAUGCGACAGAAAGCGAUCGAGAUCGUGAUCAAGGACUUCAAGUACAUGCGGUUCUCCGACACGGACGACAGCUCAGACGAGUCCGGCAACUCUGACUCUGAGACCGGUAGCCAAGGUUCUACGGCUGACAGCUUCCACACCGCCGAGUCUGACCCCCUGGCUCUCGACGUUGAUAUGGAUGGUCCCGAUUCCCAAGAUCUUGCCAGUCCCGCUGGCCAGCCCGUUUCCAGUGUUCCUGUCUCAGACAGCCAAUACGGCUCCCGCUUUGUUCUACCUAGCGAUUGGGAGUGGGACGCACCCCCGCCCCCCGGCCCAGUCAGCCCGAUUCACUUCAUCACUCUGGAAGAGUACCGGGCACUCGUGGGAGAUCUGCAGUUUGCUAUAGAUACACAGCGCGGGUGGGUAUCCGACCCGACUCUCGCGGAAGGACAUGGGUUGCGAUGA